AUGUUUAGACAGAUAUGGGUCCAUCCGGAGGACCGUCGCUACCAGCAAAUACUUUGGAGGAAUGAGCUAUCGGAACUAAUUCGCGUCUACCAGUUGAACACCGUCACUUACGGUCUCGCCAGUUCGCCGUUUCAUGCAACACGAAUCUUGAACCAAUUGGCCACAGAUGAGGGAGGACGGUUCCCAUUAGCAGUUCCAAUUAUUCACAAGGGGACUUAUAUUGACGACGUACUCUCAGGGCAUGACAACCAUCAGUUACUCAGCGAGUCAUGCAAACAACUUAUGGAGAUGCUGAAAUCAGCCGGAUUCGUGCUCAGAAAGUGGACUUCUACUGAUCCUGCCAUACUAUCGAGUAUUCCUCAGGAGCUGUCGGAAUCUGCCCCACAAUUGGAAAUUGAUCAGUCAACCGCAGUGAAAACACUUGGUUUGUUGUGGUUCCCUCAAACGGACAUGUUCAAAUUCAAAAUACCACAACUGACAGCGCUAGAUGUAGUCACGAAGCGAAUCGUAGUCUCAGAAAUGGCUCGCCUUCUCGAUCCGCUAGGGCUUCUGGGACCUGUUGUAGUAAACGCAAAAAUGUUUGUACAAAGACUCUGGGCUGAUAACAUACCAUGGGAUGAAGAGCUGUCGGAAGAGCACAGUGUUUGGUGGAGGAAUUACCGUUCAGAUAUCCUCCAACUUCGUUCAAUAGAAAUUCCCCGAAGAGUUUUGUUCAACGCCAGACGUGAAUAUAAUCUGCACUGUUUCUGCGACGCAUCCCAGCGUGGGUACGGAUGCUGUGUCUACGUAGUCUCACCAGAUGAAACUGGGAAGCUCCACUCUCGAUUGCUCACUUCAAAGGCUCGUGUCGCUCCUCUACGAGGACAAACAAUUCCAAGGCUGGAACUUUAUGCAGCGCUCUUGGGAAGUCAAUUAAUCGACAAUCUUCGUAGAACAACCGAGUUUUCUAACACCUAUUGGACCGACUCCACAAUCGUGCUGCACUGGAUCAAAUCACAGUCCAACAACUGGAAGGUUUUCGUCUCAAAUCGUGUGGCGGAAAUACAACGCCUAACUAAGGGAUCGGAGUGGAGGCAUGUUCCUACCGAAUUUAACCACGCUGAUCGCAUUUCUCGCGACACUGUGGCAAGCGAACUUUUGGAAGACAAGUUAUGGUGGCGUGGCCCGAGCUACGCCACGACACCCGUCGAGCUAUGGCCACUGCGUGUGAUUUCGCAGCCAUCUGGACAGAUGCUUCAGGAAGAAUCCUGCGUUGCAGUUGCACUCCUUAUCAGCCAAGCUGAUUCAUCCUUGAUCGACAAGUUCUCCGAUCUCGCGAAGCUGAUCAGGACAGUUUCCUAUUGUUAUCGCUUAUACAAUAACUGCAAGUUGCCGAAGGAGAAGAGAAGCACUGGAUCAUUUACGCCAAGCGAUGGCCAUUCCACAAUGAAGGUUCUCGUUCGCCUAGCGCAAGCUACCGCUUUUCCAUCCGAAGUACGGCUCUAUCAAGAUCGUCGAGGAAGCCCAGUUAAUCCAUAA